UCCUUUCUCCACCCCCAGCCCCGGGCCGGGGAGGCGGCAGAGCUGCAGCCCGGCCGCCGGCGGGGGCCAGGGGCAGCCCCGCACGGCCCCUUUCUCCGCCUCCGGCAAACACCUGCGGGGGGAGAGGGAUGCGAGGGGGCGGCCGCCCCCCUCCGCCGGAGCGAGAGCUGGUCCCGGAGCCGCCCCGGCGAGGAGGAGGAGAAGGAGAGGAAGAGAAAGGAGCAGGAGGGAAGUGGGGAAGUUGUGCCAUGCCCGCCCCGCCGAGAGCCGGAGCCGUGGGCCCCGCCGGGGGGGCGCGGGUCGCCCCCUCGUUGCUGCUCUCGCUGCUGCUGGGAGCCUCGGCCCCGCUCUGGCUGCGGGCGGAGAAGCUGGGGGAUGGAUGUGGGCACAUGGUGAUGUAUCAAGACAGCGGGACCCUGGCAUCCAAGAACUAUCCUGGGACAUACCCAAACUACACUCUUUGUGAGAAGAAAAUCCAAGUGCCUCCGGGAAAACGCCUGAUCUUAAAGAUUGGAGACCUGGAUAUCGAAUCACAGAAAUGCGAAUCCAGCUACCUUACCAUCCAGAGCUCUUCAACGUUGCACGGGCCAUACUGUGGUAACGUGAUGCCCGUCCCCAAAGAAAUCAUUCUGGAUAGCAAUGAAGCGACUAUUCACUUUGAGAGUGGAUCCCACGUGUCAGGACGAGGUUUUCUGUUGUCCUACGCCAGCAGUGAUCAUCCAGAUCUAAUCACAUGUUUGGAACGAGCAAACCACUACACAAAGGCUGAAUACAGCAGAUACUGUCCUGCUGGCUGCAGAGACAUAGCAGGUGACAUCUCUGGGAAUGUCGGAGAAGGAUACAGAGAUACCUCGCUGCUGUGCAAGUCGGCGAUACAUGCAGGCGUUAUCGCGGACGAGCUGGGCGGUCAGAUCAGCGUCACCCAGCAGAAGGGCAUCAGCCGCUACGAAGGCGUCGUGGCCAACGGCGUCCCCUCGCACCACGGUUCGCUGUCAGAUAAGCGGUUUACAUUUACUUCAAAUGGCUGCAACAAAUCUCUCAGUCUGGAAGAGGGAUUCCUCUCCAAGAGCCAGGUUACUGCAUCUUCCUACUGGGAGGAGACCAACGAAUUCGGGCAAGUAUUCCAGUGGUCUCCCGACAAGGCUUGGCUUCAAGUCCCAGGAUUGGCUUGGGCCUCUAACCACAGCAGCAACCGUGAAUGGUUGGAGAUAGACCUGGGAGAGAAGAAGAGAAUAACAGGGAUUAAGACCACUGGUUCUGGAUCCACGGUGAUGAAUUUCAACUUCUACGUGAAGACAUUUACAAUGAACUACAAAAAUAACAACUCGAAAUGGAGAACUUACAAAGGGAUUCUGAGCAAUGAAGAAAAGGUAUUCCAAGGGAACUCCAACUCCGGUGACAUAGUACGCAAUAACUUCAUCCCUCCGAUAGUGGCCCGCUAUGUGCGAAUUAUCCCUCAAACCUGGAACCAAAGAAUAGCACUGAAGCUUGAGCUGAUGGGUUGUCGAAUAAUGCAAGCUAAUAGUUCAUUUACGCAUUCAAUGUGGCAGAAACCGAGUCAGAGCACGGAAACCUCCCUUGGAAAGGAAGACAGGACUGUUACGGAGCCCAUCCCAUCAGAAGAAACUAACUUGGGCUUAAAGCUUACAGCUAUAAUUGUCCCCAUCCUCAUCGUGCUGUGUCUGUUCCUGUUCUUUGGAAUUUGUAUCUGUGCAGCCCUACGCAAGCGAGAAGCCAGAGGACUUUCUUACGGAUUAUCCAGUGCUCAGAAAUCAGGUUGUUGGAAACAAAUCAAGCAGCCCUUCACCAGACAUCAGUCAACUGAAUUUACCAUCAGCUAUAAUAAUGAGAAGGAGACACCUCAAAAGCUAGAUCUGGUCACCAGUGACAUGGCAGGUAACAUGCGAUGGAUUCAUUUUGCUCUGCACGCAGAGCAGGUAACAGGGAGAGGGAUGGGCCGGCGACGUUACAGGCUCCAGCUCUCAUGCAAGCUAUAUUGGAAAUUUUUUCUUGGAGUUGUUGGGAAGGAUUUCCUGACUCUGAAAUAGUUACGAGCUGAAGGUAACUGUGGAAGGCACUCAGGCAUGGAUGCACUGCAAGAAUGUGCCUAGGAUAGGACAGUUUGCCUUUGCUGACUAAUUUUCGUGUUUCGAUUUAAACACAAAUGUCUCUGGAAAUGGAACAAAACAUAAUGCCCCCUGCUGCUGAGCAAAUAGAAAAAUUGGUUUGUGGUGGGAUUUCAUGCCCAGCUGGAAGUUGUGCCGAGAUCCCUGUGCAGCUUUCCUGGUGCCCGAACUAUUUUGGAGACGAGGCCCCCUGAAGUGGAAGCAGGUAGAUGAGAUAGAAGGAAAAAAACAACCACAGUACUUCUCUCCUGUGCUACCUUGGUUCCAGGUCACUGUUUGGAUAGAGCAAAUCCCCGCAUCAAUACUAUUUGCAUCCCAAAGGGAUGGUUUUUUAAUUCAUCCUCUUAGCACAUCUUAUCCCUGCCUAGUUUAGUCUGUCUGGAGAGGCUAGUGAGACCAGCCAUUUCAUGGGAUCAGUGAUCAGCAAUCUUCCAGAAAGAUUAAUUUGCUCUUUCCAGCCUCCAGACCUUAGAAAUUCCUUAGAAUUUCUCCAAUGCAUUUGGCAAACACAUUUAAAAAACAAAUGGAUGGUUACUGUAAUUCCAUAUGGUGCUACCCUGGAUAUCUUUCAAAGAUGGUUUCAAUCCUUUCCAGAAACUUUCAAUAUAAAUAUGCAGAGACCUAUAAAGCAGUUUUAUUUCAUGAAGGAAAGGGAGUGAACAAAGGUUGCUCACAAAUCACAGUUAUCUGGCCCCCCUGGCCAUGUCUGGGGAGCCUCUGCUCUCUCUGUCCUCCACUCCUGCCAUGUUUGUGGGAAGUCUUAACUCUGAGCCCGGCCAGGCAGCUCCCCAGCCUUAGCAUUUCACCUACAGUCUCCUUAAAAAUAAGAAACACAAAAUAAAAAUCUGAACGCAGCCCAGAAAUGUGCCAUUUAAAAAUUUAAUCGCAGAGAGCAUGCAACUUGCAUAUAGCUUAACAUGCUACAUGAAAUUCCCUCCCUUCGAAUCCCCAGCUGCCUGCUGGUUCCCAAAGGCAGCCAGGAGCAAGUCGAGAUGCUUCAUCCUGAGCGAGGGAGAUUGUUGGGGAUGGCGGCAGCGACGCUGGGGAGAGCUGCACCACUUACUUAGUGAAAUAUCAUAACACCUUCACCCUACAUGCUGAAGUUUGGGACGUAGCCAGGAACUGCCAAAAAGAUUCACAGGACAUAUGGGAUCGAAUUCGACGCUCAUGUCAGAUGAACCACGAUGCCAGAACAGAAACUGAGCUAACUUCUUCACGCCUGCAUCAAAACAUGAUACUUUAGCAGUGUCAUUUACUAGAGCUGUUCAGGCCACCGUAUGCAUCCGUAAGAGAUUGUCACUAGCACCAAAGUGAGAAAGCUAGAACGCUGAAUUUUCUCAUAAUAGUUUUACUGGAUUUCUUUGAAAACCCUUUUAGUCCAGAUCUCCUUACACGGCAGCCUGGCAUCUGCCUCGACUAGAGGUGCAAACACCACGCUUCUUGAGGCCGCGUUUCCUCCAUCUCGCUCCUUGCUCCUGCUCGGGCCGUUUGCCCAUCCCCAGCUCCGUCCCCGCUGUCCCCCUCGACCGGGAUGACCGCCCGGUUCCGCCGGGAGCGCCGGUCCCGCUUCUCCUCCCACGUCCCCCCUCGCGCGCCCGCAGCAGUGCUGAGCUGGCUUAGCGCGUUUCACACUUCCCUUGACUCUCUUGGCUGCUGUUCCACCUAACUUCAUCCUGCCUGUCACUCAGCUACUGCGAGAUGCCUUUUAAAUAAAGCCAGCGCUUGGUCAGGCUCGUUAAGAAUCCUCCGGGCAUUUUAAUUAUUCCAAAAGUGGAACACUUGUUUUGGAGAACUUCUCCUUCGUGGAUCUUCGUGCAAUGUCCUUUGUCCAGUUUGUUGCUAAUAUUUUGUUGACUUCUCUCUUUUUUUAGGGCUUUUGAGCGUACUCCAGAAAUGAUGUUAAUUCAUUUGGGUGGGUGGGUGGGGAAAGGGAGGGAGGCAGUAGGAAAAGAGGUGGCAGGUUGGAGUUCCUCCGUGGGAGAGCUUCUGCCACCUUCUGCAACGCUUGCUCACUGAAGGAGGUUACAGGACCAGCGUUGGGGAAAGGUUUCCUCACACCCCUGAUAACCACGCUCUUGAUACAAUAACCGAGCCAUUUUUCAACAUAAAAUACCUACCUAUGCAUAAGUAUUACAUACAUAAAAUAACCAAUCUAUGUCUUAUUGAGCAGUUCGUGCUUCC